AUGGACUACACCAUUAGAGAAACACAGCAAGACUUCCAAAUGCUCAGAAUGAGUGGAACUUCGACAGGUCUUGAGCCAGGACGCGAGAACGGGCUUCAACCCCGAGCUCUGUUUCAGCUGAAUCGCCCCACUGAAGACCAAAUCGAGGUCCAGCCACAAGUUGAGCUAGAGCUUCACAGACAUCGACAGCAAGAGUACCAACAACAUGCUGAGCAAAGAAAACCAGCGUGGCUGAAACCAAAGUGUACACUUUCUGUCUUCAUCGCGUGUUUCUGCUUGAGCGCAGUUUUUCUCGGGAUGGUUUACUACAUACGUCAAUCUCUUCAUCGCGGUAAGUAGAAUCAUAAAGUCAUCGUCAGCCCUUGUGACUCCCCAGCCUGUCAGAAGGCCUCAGUUCAUCUCUCAAUGUCGUCGGAUCCCUUCACACACCCUUGUGACUACUUCCUGUUUACAUGUGGACCUGAGCGAGCUGAUGACCAGGGCAAAUCUAGAAGAGGUGUCAAAGAAAACAGGACAUUGGACAGAAAAACUGAACUUUUACAGUAUCUGAGAGAAAUUUUGGAAUCAAAUGACGAACUUGCAAGUUCAUCUGUGAAGAAAGCUAAAGAAUUCUACCGCACCUGCAUGGACACCAAAUCCUUGGCUAUUACUGGAGUGGAGCCCUUCCUCGCACUUGUUCACAAACUCGGAGGUUGGUCUUUGUUCGGCCAGUGGAGCAAGACUGACUUCAAUUCCACCUUAAGCAUGCUGAUGAGAGACUACGCCACCUUCCCUUUUUUCAACGUCUACGUUGGCGAAGACCCCACUGACGCGUCCAGCAAGAGAUCCAAACGAUACAUACAGAUCGAUCAGCCUGACCUCAUAGUCCCUAUCAAAUGGAACCGUGAGAUGGCGAAAUCCGAAGUUAUGAGGGAGACGGUGGGUCUUUUUUUAGAUUCCUGCAAAAGCCACCUGAUGCUUUUGGGGGCCCCGCCAGACGAAGUCAUAUUGCACGUGGGCCCGUUCAUCUCGCUGUCUUCCAAUCUGGCUGUGACCAUGGCACCUUUGAGCUACCGCCGGGCAAAAGGGCAGCUCUAUCGGAAAUUGACCAUCAAGGAGCUGCAGCGUAGGGCGCCAGCGAUCAACUGGCUGGCUUGCCUACAGGCUGUGUUCCAUCCAGAGCCGCUGACCGAAGACGAGCACAUCCUUCUGCACAACUUGCCUUAUGUGGUGCAGAUGUCCCACAUCAUCACAAAUAAGACUGCCGGGAAUGAAUUGAAAAACAGUGAGCUCCACACUUUCAUGGUGCUCAACCUGCUGCACACCUUACUGCCCGCCCUGGACUCCAGAUUCUCAAACAUGGCAAACACUUUGUCGGUGGCCUUUGGCCACACGAGGUUGAGGCAGCGUGAUCUUCAAACGAAGACUGAUGCGCCGACUGAACUCUUUACAGUGGCGCCUCGCUGGAAACGAUGCGUGAUGGAAACCGAGCUAGGCUUCGGCGAUGUUCUAGCACCUCUGUUGAGAGAAAAUGUCGCCACCGGGGAGGCGGAGGAGCUUAUUGAAAAUAUACUGUCUUCCUUCAAGUCACAUCUGCGUGAGCUCAAGUGGAGUGACCAGAAGGCUCUCCAGAUUGUUAUGAAUAAGGUUGAGUCUGUAACUCCAAGAAUUGUGACUACAAAAGAAAACCAGGCUGAGCUUGACCUGCUUUAUUCGGAGGUGUCUAUCAGCAACCACAGCUUCUUCUCCAACUACAUCGAGCUAUUGUCCUUUUUGCAGAAGCGACUGAGUCGACUCUUGCGUGAAGACAACGAUAACGCCGAUAUUCUAGCUGUCUCGCCAUCUCUUCUGGGAAAUGAGUUGGUCAUUCCUGCGGGUAUUUUUAUCCCGCCUUUUUUCCAUCCCACAUACCCAAGAGCUAUGAAUUAUGGCGUGUUGGGUUUCCUUUUGGCUAAAGAUCUCCUUCACCAGCUUCUACCUGACAUUUACUCACAGAGUGAGAUGGUGCGCGCCAUUGGCCAGUGCGUGUGGUCGCACUACCGCACCGUGACCGACAAGGACAUCGGCGAGGUCUCGCUCUCUGCGGCUCAGCAGCAGGAAGUCUCGGUGCAGUAUUUAGCACUGCAGAUAGCAUUGAAGGCGUAUGAAAAGAGUCUGAAGAAGCAACCAGCAGACACGUCCAUCUCAGAAUUCUCACAUACCCAUCUGUUUUUCAUCGCCUUCUCUCAGGCCAACUGUGACGCUGACCAAUAUCACCACUUGAUGCCUAUGGAGCCGUCGUUCAUCAUGACAGUCGUUUGCGCCAAAUCACGUCUUUGUCCCACAAACCUGCAAUGCCUCAAAACAACUCGGCGGUACUCAUGGAAUGGAUGCUGA